GUUUAUCUGUUUUAUUUUGACCUAUUCAAGCAGAGGGAGAUGAUCAUAAAGAAACCUGGAUAAAAAAAAGUACACACACAUGAUUUCCAGUAAAUGGUGAGGGGAGGAACAACACAGACCAGGUGGUACAGGUACAGUACGUGAAACCAGGAAAAUAAAACAAUAAAACAGAACGUGUUCGGUCAGUCAGAGUUCAAACUCCAUUUUGAGUUGACAGAGCAGAGCAGAAGGAGGAAAAGGAAGGCUGAGUGAGGACUGACUGAAGGCCAGAAGAUGAGUGCUUGUGUGGAGGAAGAGGAGGACAGAGCAGAGUCUCCAGGAUUAAGCUGUCUGUCUCUGAAGAGUGACUGGUCCAAAGAGUAUCCUCCAGGCUUCAGUAAUGAACCUGGACCCUCAGACACAAAAGGUCAGCACCACAGACAGAGAGCAGAGUCUCCAGGAUCCAGCUGUCUGUCUCUGAAGAGUGACUGGUCCAAAGAGUAUCCUCCAGGCUUCAGUAAAGAACCUGGACCCUCAGACACAAAAGAGACGGAGAAAAGUCGUGUUUCUGAGGAGGAGCAGCCAUCCUGCUGUGCUUUGUGUCAGGACGUCCUGAAGGAUCCAGUCUCUACCAGCUGUGGACACUGGUUCUGCAGACGGUGCAUCACCUCAUACUGGGACCAGUCUGCUUCAUCAGGAGGCUCCUCCUGUCCCCAGUGCGGAAAAAGCUCCAGAACAAGACCUGGACUGCAGACAGCCAGUCAGACCUGCACUGUACAAACAGAUAGUGAUCUGCAGGAGGUUUUAGAUGAACAUAAGAUCAGUCUGAGGAAGAGAUGUGAACGUGUGACUGAAGGAAGUGAUGAAACAGGAAGUGGAACCCUCCUCAACAGGAUCUACACUGAGCUCUACAUCACAGAGGGACAGAGUGAAGAGGUUAAUACCCAACAUGAGGUGAGGCAGCUUGAGACAGCUUCCAAGAUGGAGACCCUCCAUGACACUCCAAUCAAGUGCCACGACAUCUUUAAAGCCUUACCGGGCCAACAGAGACACAUCAGAGUCGUUCUGACGAACGGCGUCGCUGGCGUUGGAAAAACCUUCUCGGUUCAGAAGUUCACUCUGGACUGGGCAGAGGGCUUGGAAAACCAAGACGUCAGUCUGGUGAUUCUGCUUUCGUUCAGGGAGCUGAACUUGAUCAAAGAUGAGCGGUACAGUCUUCUCCAGCUGCUCCAUGUUUUCCAUCCAACAUUACAGAAGGUCACAGCAGAGAAGCUCGCUGUCUGUAAACUUCUGUUCAUCUUUGACGGCCUGGAUGAAAGCAGACUUUCACUGGAUUUCCACAACAAUGAGGUCGUGUCUGAUGUCACACAGAAGUCAUCAGUCAACGUGCUGCUGACAAACCUCAUCAAGGGGAAUCUGCUUCCCUCGGCUCUCGUCUGGAUCACUUCCCGACCUGCAGCAGCCAAUCAGAUCCCUCCUUCAUGUGUUGGCAGGGUGACAGAAGUACGAGGCUUCACUGACGCCGAGAAGGAGGAGUACUUCAGGAGGAGAGUCAGUGAUGAAGAGUUGUCCAGCAGAAUCAUCUCACACAUCAAGACAUCCAGGAGCCUCCACAUCAUGUGUCUAAUCCCAGUCUUCUGCUGGAUCACUGCUACAGUUCUGGAGCACAUGUUGAGUACAGACCAGAGAGGAGAGCUGCCCAAGACCCUGACUGACAUGUACUCACACUUCCUACUGGUUCAGACAAAGAGGAAGAAGCAGAAGUAUGACGAGGGACAUGAGACGAGUCCACAGGAGCUGACGGAGGCUGAUAGGAAGGUUCUUCUGAAGCUGGGGAGGCUGGCGUUUGAACAGCUUGAGGAAGGAAACAUCAUGUUCUACCAAAAAGACCUGAAGCAGUGUGGUCUUGAUGUCUCAGAGGUCUCGGUGUACUCAGGAGUUUGUACAGAGAUCUUCAAAAGAGAGAGUGUGAUCUUCCAGAAAACAGUCUACUGCUUUGUUCAUCUGAGCGUUCAGGAGUUUCUGGCUGCCGUCUACAUGUUCCACUGUUACACCAACAGGAACACAAAGGUACUGAAGGCUUUCCUGGGGAAGACAUCCCUGGAUGUCUUCCUGAGGAGCGCCUUGGAGAAAUCCUUUAAAAGUAAAAAUGGCCACCUGGACCUGUUGGUCCGCUUCCUUCAUGGCCUCUCUCUGGAGUCCAACCAGAGACUCUUAGGAGGCCUGCUGGGUCGGACAGACAACAGUCCAGAAAUCAUCCAGAGAGCCAUCAACAACCUGAAGGAGAUGAACAGUGAGGAUAUCACUCCUGACAGAAGCAUCAACAUCUUCCACUGUCUGAUGGAGAUGAACGACCACUCAGUCCAUCAGGAGAUCCAAGAGUUCCUGAAGUCAGAGAACAGAUCAGAGAAGGAACUCUCUGAGAUCCACUGCUCAGCUCUGGCCUACAUGCUGCAGAUGUCAGAGGAGGUUCUGGAUGAGUUGGACCUGAAGAAGUACAACACAACAGCGGAGGGACGAUUGAGACUGAUUCCAGCUGUGAGGAACUGCAGAAAGGCUCUGUAA